AUGCCGCCAGCAUAUCAGUACCUUCACUACUUGCCUACCUGGAACCCCGAGGAGAGAUACCCCCCUCUCGAGCCCUUUGAACACUACGAACACGGCAAAGAUGCCGACCCGUCUUUUCCCAACCUGCUGCCGCCGGGCACCUCCGUCACGGACCUCACCCCGACCAUCGGCUCCGAGGUGAAAGGGAUCCAGCUGUCCUCGCUCAGCGACGCCGGCAAGGACGAGCUCGCACUAUACGUGGCACAGCGCAAGCUCGUGCACCGCGGCGAGGGUGACAAGGCCAAGGAGGAGAUGCUUCGGAGCGUCUUCACGGCAAAGGCCACGCACUCGGGCAUUGAGCAGGUCAACGCCGCCGCCAUCAGGGCCAGCAUCAAGAGACGAGCCCGUCGUCAACGAGCACCCGAUUGUGCGGACUCAUCCGGCAACGGAGAAAAGGCUCUCUUUGUCAACGAUCAUUACACGCGAGAUUUUAGGGAUGAAAAGGAAGAGUCCGACGCCAUCCUCCAGUUCCUCUACAACCACAUGGCGGUGCCGACUUCCAGGCCGGAUCAAGUGGGAGGAGGAACGGUGGUCGUAUGGGACAAUCGGGUCCAGACGUUGUUCAAUCACUCGGCAUAUCAUCCGGAUCAUAACACGUAG